AUGGUCUUUUUCUGCAGUAAGAAGGAUCCAGGAGGGGACCAGUCCACAGAGGACCGGGGCCCACUGACCGUCCUGUUCUCAUCAUGCCUUCAGGAGGCCUUGCCGGGGCUCAUCUGGGACCUGGGCCAGCAGCUGGGAGACCUGAGCCUGGAGUCCGGGGGCCUGGAACAGGAGAGCGGCCGCAGCUCGGGCUUCUAUGAAGACCCCAGCUCCACAGGAGGUCCCGACUCACCACCCUCGACCUUCUGUGGGGACAGUGGCUUCUCCGGAUCUGGCUCCUAUGGACGCCUGGGUCCCUCUGAACCCCGGGGCAUCUAUGCCAGCGAAAGGCCCAAGUCCCUAGGAGACGCCAGUCCCAGCGCUCCGGAGGCGGUGGGUGCUCGGGCAGCCGUGCCGCGGUCCUUCUCAGCGCCCUAUCCGACGGCGGCGGGGUCCGUGGGCCCGGAACAGCUGGUGGCAGCCACCGCGGCCUCCGCGCCAGGGGUUGGCGCAGGUGGAGGGGCGCCCGCAGGCCCCGCCAAAGUCUUUGUGAAGAUCAAGGCUUCCCACGCGCUCAAGAAAAAGAUACUGCGUUUCCGUUCGGGUUCUCUCAAGGUCAUGACUACAGUGUGA